UAACAAAUUUUUAUCACCAAAAAAUGGAAAAAAUCGUCACUUCCACGGAGCGCCUCGACGCAUCGAUCAGUUCCCAACACAACACCUACGGUAGCACAACGUUAAAAAAUCGCGCUUCACCCACAAAAGAUCAAACCACAUCGGCCGAAAUACACAUCACUACUAACAGAGGAGCUCUCGAUACGUACGACAAAAAUUACGAUCCCAACGAUAGUGACAAUUCAGUUGGGCAUGACUAUAGCAGCAGCGUUGUAGUAAACACUAAAGAACUCGUCUACCAGAGCUUACCAGCUCCGAUCACUACUUAUACGUCAAGUCUCUUUGCCGCUGCCUGUAGUGCUUCCUCAACGUCACGCUUUCAAGCGCCACAUUCCGGUUACGCGCGUUACGGCUACAGCAGAAUGUCAACGUUUAUUGAUGAAACACCUGGACCUAAGAAGUCUGUAUGGCCCUCAACAACCCUGCAGCGCUUCGAAGUUAUCCUCUUUGUACUGAAUCAAAUGUGUAUCGGUUUUGUGACCAUAUUCAUGUCCUGGUUGUGUAUUACAAAUGGACUGCAAAACACGCCGCUUCAUGCGUGGCUGGUAACACUAGGUUACUCGCUGCUGAUGGCCGAAGCCGUGAUGGUCCAUUACAACUCGAAUCCUUUAACAACGAACUUCAAACGUCAUGAAAAACAUACCAUACAUUGGGUGCUGCAACUAGCAGGUGGCGGAUUGGGAAUGGGCGGUACGCUGUAUAAAUGCAUACAGAAGGGUUUUUUACUUCAGAGCACACAUGGAAAACUGGGUUUCGCCACAUUCAUCCUCUGCCUGGUAUCUUGGUUAAGCGGUUUGACUGCACUUUAUCAACUCAAACUUAAAUCUUUUGUCCGUCCUUUAUUCAAUCGAACAAUCCACAACUUGAUUGGGCUAGCCUGCUUCGUACUCGCGCUUAGCACUCAAUAUUAUGGCUAUCAGACGGGUUUCUUUAGAGCUCGGGUAACUUCAGAGAGUUUCCGUGACUGCAUGAAGACCAUUACCCUACUUUCAUUAGUACUGAGUAGUAUUGGACCCCUAAAGGCGUUGCUGCAGAAGGCUCGUACUAUUUUUAGAGACAUCUAAAUAAUUAUCAUUAUGAAUAAAUAUAAUAUUUAUAUUAUUUGUAACGAAUUUUUUUCAUAGCGUAUCGUAAUGGAGUAUGCACUAAAUGUGAUAUUGAAAAUACAUAUAAAAAUAUAUAUUACUUUUGAAUUUUA